CGGGGCUUUCGCUUCCGUCCGGGGGCAGCGAUGGGGGCGCAGCUCAGCACGUUGGGCCAAGUAGUGACAUACCCACUAUGGCUGAUCUACACUGCUAUCAUGAGGCUCUUCAGGAAUCCCCACCCCGCCAUUACUCUGAAGGAUCCUGAGGUGAAGUAUGCAUUGAGGCUGGUUGAUAAGGAGGAAGUUAGUCAUGACACAAGAAGAUUUCGAUUUGCUCUCCCUUCCAUAGAUCACGUUCUGGGUCUCCCUAUAGGGCAGCAUAUCUACCUGUCUGCACGGGUUGAUGGAGCUCUGGUUGUUAGACCUUACACUCCAGUUUCCAGUGAUGAUGACAAGGGUUUUGUGGAUCUUGUUGUCAAGAUCUACUUCAGAGGUGUCCAUCCAAAGUUUCCUGAUGGAGGGAAGAUGUCUCAAUACUUAGACAGCCUGAAAAUAGGGGAUACUAUUGACUUCAGAGGACCAAGUGGCCUGCUUGUCUACAAAGGAAAAGGCGAGUUUGCUAUUCGGCCUGAAAAGAAAGCUGAACCAGUUACUAAGAAAGUGAAAUAUGUGGGAAUGAUUGCAGGUGGGACUGGGAUAACACCUAUGCUGCAGGUAAUUCGAGCAAUCAUCAAAGACAAAAAUGACCCUACCAUUUGUCAGCUGCUGUUUGCCAAUCAGACGGAGAAGGAUAUCCUGUUACGUUCUGAGCUAGAGGAGAUCCAGGUUCAGAACCCCGGUCGCUUUAAGUGUUGGUACACAUUGGACAGAGCACCUGAAAAUUGGGAUUACAGCGAAGGGUUUGUGAACCAAGAAAUGAUCAGAGACCACCUGCCCCCACCUCAAAACGAUGUUCUGAUCCUCAUGUGUGGACCUCCUCCAAUGAUCCAGUAUGCUUGCAUUCCCAACCUGGACAAACUGGGCUACACCAAGGACAUGAGGUUCUCCUUCUAAAGAAGACUGAUAAUUCAGAAAUUUUGUGUGUAAGGGAAGAAAAAACAUUUAAUGGGGAACAGGACAAAGUUACAGAGACGGCUGACGCACUGGGCUGGGAAGCUACACUUACAUUAAAAGAGCUUCAUUUUUUCUGAAUCUCUGCCAAGUAAAACACUUAAGCUUAAUGGUAUUAAAAAUGUACUUUUUGCAGUUGCAACUGAUGUUGCACAGAAACAACUGUAUUGUGGGAAGUGAGUGAUGCCUGUUGUACUUGUGUAUGACAUCUCAAAGGAGGACAGUAUACCUGCUUAGGGUAGUAAACACUCAUUUACACUUUUUCUUAGCACUGUAAUCAAACGGCAGUAAUAUCCUGCUUUCUAUCACUGUGCAGUAUUUUAUUUGGUAGGAAAUAUGAAAAUAUAUAGGAUGUGCUGGAUUAUUCACCUUGCUUUUGCCAAAUUUUAAUCCUUACAAAGCUUUUUUAAGUAGGAGGGCCCGGAGUGUUUGCCUUGAAUGCAUAAUCUUUGCAACAUCAGAAGCUUAAAGAUUUUUCUUCAGUUGGAGGAUGACAAUUAACUGUCUCUGACUGAAGUUGUUCGAGCUGCCUUGUUAAUCAAAACAGAGAGGUAGACAGCAGUACAAAAUUUGUUUCCUUUGUAUUUUGGAAUAGCGUCUCUUAAAUGCAGAUACUUUUCCAGCUGGUCACAGUUGUCAUCCCUGAGCAAUGAAAGAAACUACAAAAAGCAGGCUGCUUUGUGCACUGUUCCACAAAUAGCUGGAAUUUUUGGCUUGUAUGUACGUGGAAUACUGAAAAAAAAAAGACAUACUAACUUUUUGUAUUUACCUUUAAAUAGCAGAUGAUGCCAUGAGUACAAACACAGUUGUUCUGCCUGUCCCGUGCGGUGAAAAAACACCGUUGGGUGAAAACUGGAUCUAGUUUUAGUGUCUUGCUUCCCAGAGAGAUUGGAAGGAGGGGAGCUCGGGUCCCAUUGCCAGGGUGGGUUUCAGCAGGUAGCCCAGCUUGGGAUGGGGUACGCCAACGGCGGGGAGGACCUGCCUGCAUCUCUUGGUCAGGCAAAGCUCCGAAGGGUUUUGCUUGGUCAGGGUGUGUGGCAACAGCCUUAAGUCACCAAACUGACAGCAAAUUCAAACGUCUCACUGAAUCUUAAACUGUUUCUUAGAUGCUGUUUACUAUAGCUCUGGUUUUUUAUUUUUUUUUAAUACCCUUUUUUUUCACAGCAGCCUUUUACCUAGCCUUUUAAACGUAAGGUUAUCUUGUGUGCAGAACUUUCUGCUUUCUAAACAACAGAGAUGGUGCUGAGGUUAGAGCUGUCCUGCAAGGAAACUGAGAAACUUAAAGUCUUGUUCUCUGGUGAUGAAAUCAGAGUGACCGAAAGGAUGUUUUGUCGUAUAUGAAAUAAUGUGGAUGCUGGUGAGCUACAAGUGUCAGUGUAUAAUACCACUUGUUUAAAGAUGGGAGUAAGUAUUUAAGGUUGUAGUUUGCUAUGUUGUCUUUUGUGCCUGUACGGCUAAUGGGUACUGGGCACUUAAAAGGUUAAUGUUCAGCAUGAAUUAAAAGGAGAAAAAAGAUACUACAGUUAAUUUAAGGAACCCCAAAUGGAUAAUAGUGUUAUUAAUUUUAUUAAUUAGAUGCUUUACUCUGAAGUCUUGAAUUUUUGCUGUGUGCUUGAGAAACUUACUCUUUAAUACUAUGCUCCAGAGUUCAAAUUGUACUCAAGUAAGUUUCAGUCCCUUUUGUGGAGGCAAAAAGCAGAAAUACAAGAGCUGUUUUCUUGCUGCUGGUUUAUAUCACUGUGGGAUAUGCAAAGGUUUUUUUUCAUUAUUGUAUUUAAUGAAGUUUUCUUGUAAAAAAAAAAAUAACUCUAGCUGGUUAUGCAUCAACCGUUUUGUAUUACUUACUCUGCUUAUUCGAUAACUGGCUUUUUUUCACAUCUGUGUAAGAAAUAAAGUAUCUUGCAGGUGAAUCAGCAGUGUGUUACUGAGAAUAUCAUCUUUGUAAGAGACAAACUGUAAUUGUAAAACACUCUAUAAAGUGAUGGUUAAAAAAAACAAACAAGAAAGUCUGUUAGAGUGCUUAUCUUUUUUGUUUGAGUUUGAUGAAAACUGCUGUAUUUGGAUGCUGAGUCAAGGAGUAAACUGUCUCGGUUUUUCUCCCUAUUACUCCGAUGUCCUCUUUUUACUUUUAUUUUGUAAAUCUUCCUGUGAGCAUGAGGCUCUUUGAACAAUUAAAAAGAGGGAUUUUAUAUAAUCUACUGAAACAAAA